AUGGAAAUUUCAGGCGUCCCUGUCUCUGACUGGUCCGCUCACAUCGGCCUGAGAUUCACCUACAGAUACAACACCACGGUCAGCAGCAGCCUGCACAGAGCGAGUGCCGGGAGAAAUGCACUUGCCUUCGACUGCCUCGUUGAUAUAGACGUGGUCUCCAAAUGUCAUCUAAUGAUGCAGAUCAGAAACCCACAGAUCAAGCCACUUCCCUCUCAAAGAGACUCAGUGCACAGUCUGAAGAGCAUACGGGAGUCGUUGGAGAGAGCGCGCCUCAAGUUCUCCCUCUGGGGGGGCAGGGUCACGGCCCUCUGUCUGCAGGAGGGGGAGCAGGUGUGGGGCAUCAACAUUCAAAGAGCCAUUCUGAGCAUGCUCCAGACUGCAGUGCGAGCCGCGCCGUACUCGGUGAAAAACGAGACUGAUGUACACGGGACAUGCAGAAGCAGGUACGAGAGGAGAGGAUCGAUCGUUCUAAAGACCCGGGACUUAAACCAGUGCCACCGGUCCAGACGGGAAAAGCUGUGGCCUCACUCCGUUGCAGUUUCUGACGAGACGGCUCUGCGGGCGGAGCAGCAGUGUGUCCAGCGGCACGGCGCCGCAGUGAUGCAGGAGGUGAACUGUACCGAAACUGUCACCGCGGCGAUGUCCGAAAACCCAGGGGUCAGAACCCAAACUGUGUCCUCUCUGGUCCUGCUCAGAACUCAGCCGGGAGCCACAGCGCCACCAUCAGGCUUUGUGGAGCUCACAGACCUGCAGUUUGAGGACGAGGGCUCCAGAGGAAACAUGGCUUCUGCUCCAGAGGCGGCUCAUAGGGUCCGGACCUUAUGUGGCCUCAGUGAUCAACAGCUGAUAUCACAAACGCUGCUUGAGCUUGUUUUCCAGCUGCGAGAGCUGCCUCUGUCUCAGCUGAAACUGCUCUGGCAAGAAGCGUCUUUCAAAUGUCAAAAUGUUUGGCAGCCGCUGUUGGACGCUUUGUCAUCGUGUGGCUCUGAAAAUUGUGUCGUGCUGCUGACGGAGCUGAUGAAGAGCGGAGAGCUGGAGGAGGAACAGUCACAGGCCAUUCUCGCCUCUUUACCCAGAACUCCUCAUCCGACUGCACAGAUGAUAGACUCAAUCAAUGCUCUACUGGAAAUCCCAGAGUUUCGUCUCAACGCUAUGUUGGUGGCUUCAUCUUUGGUCCAUCAGCUUUGUCGAACGUCACGCUCUCCCUGCACUGAAAUGUCUUCUGUGAAAUCAUUCUUGCUUGUUCUUGUGGAGACAUUGGAAAGGAGCUGUGACGAAGUACAACAUAUUCAAGUAAAAGAGCUCCUCUAUGCUUUAAAAUCAGUUGGAAAUGCCGGUGUCCCUGCUCCAUCGCUCAUUUCUCUGUUAAGUCUCUGUGCGCUCAGUGAGUCUGCGCCUGUGGAAGUGAGACUCGCUGCUGUUCAGGCCUUCAGACGGAUGCCCUGCUCCCAAAAUAGGUCUGUGCUGUUGCAGCUGUACACUGCGUCCCAGGAGGAUCCCGAGGUCAGGAUCGCUGCAUACCAACAGCUCCUGCUCUGCCCAAGCCGAAACCUGUUCACCACAGUCCGGGACCUCCUCAGGAACGAGACCUCCAGCCAAGUGGGUUCAUAUAUAUGGAGCCACCUGUCCAGUGUCCUGAGGAGCGAGGACCCCUUCAAGCAGAGUCUGUCGGAGUUAUUCCCAGAUGACAUCAUCAGCAAAGACUUCGAUGGAGAGUUUUUAAAAUACUCCUCUUACUCUGAUCACACUUUUGACUCAGAUAUGGGAAUUACAAAUGUGGAAACAUCAGUGGUUUUCUCUCCCAAAUCAUUUAUUCCAAGUUCAGUCUCUGCUAAUCUCACUGUUUAUUUUAACGGCAGAGCCAGCAACCUUCUUCAAGUCGACCUUCGUGUAGAAAAUGCUGAACCGUUCUUCAAAAACAUUUUUGGUCAUGACGCUUCCGAGUCAAAUCCCAGUCAAAGACCAGACAAAGUAAGAGAGACUAAAAGCACACGGAGAAAAGAGGAAGACAGAGAGAGUGAUAAAGAAACAUGUUUGUCUGGAGCAGAAAGUUAUCUGAGAAAAGCCGGUGCUCUGCUUUUUAGGAGGACAACAAUGAAGAAAAAACAGCCUAAAUGUUGGCUGAGUAUAAAGAUAUUUGGAAAUGAAGUCAGUGUCUUUUCUUGUGAAGACAUCUACAAUGAAAUGAACAGUUUCUUUUUGAGCAUGGCUGAACUCGCCAUCAAGCUGCUCAAGGGUCAGGAGGUGCAGCUGGGCCACAGGGCAGUGCUGCUGACAGAGGAGCUGGUGCUGCCCUCUCUGUCCGGGCUGCCGCUCAAACUGUCCGUCAACAUGACAUCACUGCUGUCUGUGCGUCUGAAGGGCAGCGCUCACUACAGAGACCCCUCGCAUUUCUCCCUCAACGGAUACAUCAAACCCAAUGCCCGUGUGGCUCUGGUGGCCCGGAUGGGAGUGGACAGUGCUGUGGGACAGGCUGCAGUGGAGUGGGACGCUGAGCUGAGGAGUGCUCUGAGUUUGGAUGGAAGUGUCCAACUACAGGAAGGACAGGACCUCAGAGUGAUGCUGAACACCCCCGAGGACGCCAUGGACAUCAUCUCCUUCAGCUCCUACGUGUUUGAACUCAUCAGAGACAACAGAGAGGAAAUAAAAGGCUCUAAAAAUCGCGUCCAGAAGACCAUAUGCACACCAAAGACUUUGUCAAAGCUGGUGGGCUGGCAGUUGUGCUCAAACACGUCCCACCCCGCUCUGUCUCUGCCCCCAUCCGGACCCUCGCACUUCUCUUUGCGGCUGCUCAAACUCGACAAGGGGCUUCACUACUAUCUGCUCGAGGCUGCGUACUCCGUGCUUACACAGAGGGGCAGUUGGACCCCCACUGAGGCGUCCUUACACCUCCUUUUGGCCACGCCUCAGUCCUCUGUGCCCAGGGACAUGUCUCUGGACUUGGCUUUCAGUCCCAGCAGAGUUCUGCUGAGGUUCAGUCACCCACAGAAAACCAUCAUCUUACAGGGACAAAUGAAACAGAACAAGAACGUCCGGUCGUCAAAAGUGGAGAUCUCUAUUGAUGGUGCACAUUUUUAUAUCAUGGGUUUGAUUAAUAAACAGACUAUAGCAGCAGAGCAGAGGACCAACUAUCACCUUGAAGCCAAACUGUCCAACACUGGAGGUCCCAUGAUCCUCUCUGCUAAUGUCACUCGUGGUCUGGGCAGGAAGACCAGUGUUUCAGCAUCAGUUAAAAAUGUUUUCAGAGAAACGGCCUUGCUGUCAGUGACUCUGGAGCGCAGGCGGGACUCCAGCAGCAAACAGCUCUCUGUGGAAGGGGAGCUGCUGCUGCCCGGUCUGUUGGGGGGCAGGAUGCUGGGGCUCAUGGAGCAGAAGGCCUCCCUCUGGAGCUCCGCCCUCAGGCUCAAGUAUGGACUGGGAGGGGACGCCCGGCACCUGCAGCAAGAGUGUUUCACGUCUCAGAGGCUGAAGAGUGAGAGAGACUCAAAUCACACCUAUAUCAUGAGAGCAGACCAUGAAUUUUACUGUUCCAACACGGCUGCCAUUAACCACAAGGUUCAAGUGCGACAUGAGGAGAGUCCAAGCCUGUUCCAAUCACAUCUGGAUUUAAGUUACGGAAAACACUGGGACGAGAUCAACAACAAACAAAAGCUGAUCCUGAGCCAGAUGUUUAAAAACCAGUCGACCCAAAACCACACCAGUUACACUCUGGAGUUCAGUCUGCAGGCGCCGGAGAAGAACUUACACUACAGAACGCAGCUGCUUCAUUCUCAUCUGAUGCAUGCUGGGUCAGAGAGCAGCUCUCACCUCAAAAUACACUACAACAACCUCACACCACUGGUGGCUGGGCUGCACUGGAAAGGGUCUCCACACAACGCUCCUCAGAAGAAGUGGGAAGGCACUUUUAACAUGGACACUCCCUGGGUGUACAUCUACACUUCUCACAAGCUGAGCCGGCAGCAGCCCCACACGCUGCAGUUCACCUCAGAACUCUCCUGCAGGAAAUGGCUGAGCGUCCGACACCUGCUGCUGGAGGCUUUGUACCGACAGCGGGGGCGGGAGACUGAGGCAUGGGUUCAUGUGCACUCUCCGGACGUCACAUAUCUACAGACUGGAGGAUGGGUGCUGACAGGAAAGAAGAGUGUGAAGGCGUCCUGCUCCUUCAAGUCUUUGUGGACCUCUCCCCUGGGCGGGGCGCUCUCUCUGGAGACCUCUAAAUUCAGCCACACCCUGGAGAUAACUUCCAGCUACGGCACACACAACGCCAAUGUGACAGCUGCCCUGAACUCUGCUGACAAGAAAUUAAAAAGGAGGCAAGCUUUACUUAAGAUGUCCUUCUGUGAGCUCCAAGGGCAUCCCAUAGAGUUUAUGUUGGAAGGAGAAGUGGAGGAGCUGAAGAAGGACAAAAAGAUAUUUCAGAAAAUAGCAAAGCUUCAGCUCCGGCAGCCCUUUCAGGUCUUUGUCAAUAGCCUCCUUCUCCAGGAGACGUUUACAGUGGACACCCUCAAAGGGCUCUAUGUUUUAGAAUCCAAAGCCACAGUUAGUGGGAACGAGGUGCGCCACACUCUCACCAUCGGCCACCAACCCCCCAAACCUUUUCUUUGUUCCACACUGAUUCAUCCUUUCAACACCAUUAUUCUUCCAUCUGAAUCAGAAAUGUGUUUACAUUUAUUUACUAAUCAGACACAGAAACGCAUUUAUGGUGUAUUACGCACUGAUGGAAAAGACAAACUUUCUUUUUAUGGACAAGUUAAUUUAAAACAUUUAGACUCACCACUCAUAGGAAUUGAAGUUAACGCAAACUUUAGUCAUCAGCUACAGCUGCAGCUCCCCUCCGCCGCUGUAGUGGAGGCCGAUGUAUGUUGGGCAAUUAAAAACAACACAGGCUUUGAUUACAAGGCCAAAGGGAAACUAAAAAUUGAACGACAAGAGUGUCUGGUCGGUAUUCAACUUAAUGGUACAUCAAGCAGAAUUGAUGUAUUUUCCUCCUUGAGUCAUCCUUUUAAGUCAAAGAUCCCUAAGGUGUUGGAGGCCAGAGCCGCCGCACACAUUUUUACAGGCUCUGGAGGAGGCCGCACUACAGUUCGUUUGAGGGCGGAAGGGAAAGACAAGAUGACAAUGGACGCGCAGGUGUUCCACACUUUACAAAGAGCAGAGAAAUCAGUGGGCCUCAAAAUAAACCUGCACCAGAGUCUGCUUCCAACAACAAAAGACCUGUUUAUGGAUAUAGUGUCAGGAGACCUGAGCCACAACUUAAGAAAUCUGCAUUUUCUGCCGAUUGCUGUGGCGUUGUAUGGCACACUGAAAAAGACUGACAACCUCAUGGAUGGACUGCUGAGGGUGAAAGUAUCAGAUGCCUUUUACCGAGUGGAGCUUAGACACCAAAAGAGUGACGCAAGGGAGGAAGUGUUAAACAAACCGGGAGGCUCUCACCCGAAGCCUAACAGUCUCAGGGUUGCCAUUAAGCAGCAGUGCAAAAGUGGGGUGGAGGCAGGACGACGCACUAAUAUCAGCUCUGUUUUAUCAUCACUGUCGCUGUGGCACCAGAUUAAGAUGUUACAAGGUGUAGUACCGACAGAAAUGCAGAUGAACUGCACAGGGGAUGUCAUCACUGAUCGCUUCUCUGUCCGAUGCUCUGCAGAUGUAGCGGGUCGUCCUGUUGGGACUGUCCUUCCUCACACGUCACUCAACCUGUCCGUGUCUCGCUCUUGUUGCUCUGCGGUGGGCUCCAUCCUUGUCAGCUCCAGAGACUCAGGCAGCGGUAACUUCACAGCGUCGCUACAAUGGAAGCCCACCCUCGGGUUUAAGACCUCAGUGCUGCAGUCUUGGGACGUCCUGCAGACUUUGGGGUUUCCUGGUCACGGAGAGCUCACCCUGAACCACUCUCCUGAUUCCCCGGGGAUUGAAGUGGGACUGGAGCUGGGAAACUGUCACAUCAGAGGACAUUUGGAGAAGACUUUGGAGAAGUUUACGGCUAAUGCUACUAGCUAUUGUCCGGCACUACAACACAGCCUCUUGCCGGUGUCACUGGUUGUUAGCACUCUUGUGUCCGGUGUCCCGUGUCGGUUGACCCUCUCGUCAUCUCUGUGGGCAGAUGGACAGGACUUGAGCGUUGACCUGCUGCAGUCCUGUUCUCCUUCACAUAUAUCUGCUUCUCUCAGUCACUCCUUCACAGAGCUGAGGAGGAGAGGGCUGCCCCAGGACCUCACUGUAGAGGCCACCAUGCCCUGGGGUCCCCAAAAUUCAGGGGCCCUCCUCAUUAAAGCAGGGUCAUGUCACCUUAAAGCCAGCGGGGUCAAACAGGACAAUGAGAAGACUGGGUGGAUGUGGGCUGUGGAGUCUGACUGCCCUUCGUUAAAGACACAUGUAAAUGGGUCAGUGUGGAGGGAUCCUCACGGGAUCUGGGCAGCCUUUGUGGAAAAUAGUCUGGAUGGAAAACGGGGUCUCCUGCACAUACAUGCAAGGGUCUGGCCUGAGCUGCAUCUUGAGAGUGAACUCAGUCAUGACCUUCCUGCUUUUAAACAUGUCCCAAAACGCCUCAGCCUGAGAGUGACCAGUCUGAGCCGACCACAGCCGUACAAUGUGCAGGGCGUGCUGCAGGUGGACGACUGUGUGUUAGAGGCUAAAGGAGAGACACAAGGCCUCCACUCACAGCUGCUCUACAGCCACAAUUGCACAGAGAAAUGGGGGAGCCCUCACAGUAUUCACGCAUCAGGGGCUUUGGUCGUUUCCGCUGCGAUGACCAAAUCUCACGUAUUCUUGGUCGUAGAUGACAGGGAGCUACAGGCUACAGCGACGCUCAGAAAUAAUAAGAACAAAAACGAAGUGACUCUUCUGCUUAACCACUGCAUUCCCCUUUUGGAAAAUAUGGGUUUUCCACUAAAUGCCUCAACAACAAUGCAUUCUGAGAAUCAAGGAAAUAAUACUUUAAGUUAUGUUUUUCAAAGUAGAGUGGGAACAGCAAAGUUUCACCAAGAGUUGUCAGUGGUUAAGAUGUUUGAAGGAGUGCGAGUGCGGAGCAGCUGCAGACACACUGUCGAUGCUCUGAGGAGUCUGGGGGUCCCCAGUAACAGCAGUAUUCAGGUGGACGUCCGAUCUGGUGAAGGGAAGGGACUGAUGCUUCAAUCCUGGGUUGACAAUAAAAAUGCUGGAAUAAACCUCAAAUGGAAAUGUUUGUAUUUGGUUAACGAGCUUAAAGCUAGUGUGUGGCACAGUUGGUCCUGGUUAAAAGACAAAGGCGUGCCUGUCAUCACAGAGGGCUUGAUGACAAUUUAUGGAUACUUCCCUCAGCUUCAAUCAAAAGGUCAGCUCAGAAUAGACGGGCACAGACUUUUCUCCUCUGGCCUCAAUGUCAGUGCAGCUUCAGGGCGUUUCACUGCCUCUAUUUCCUAUGUUCCACAAACAUUAAACCAAACACCUCCACACAGACUUGCUGCUACUGUGGCAGCUCAACUCAAAGGCCUUGUACGCAGUGCUUCUGUAGAUGUCCACUCUCACGCCUGGAGGAUGCUGAUGAUGGGGGAUGCUGGAGGUUGGGGUGGGACCAGAGGAUCCAAAGAGGCACGGGUCACUGUGAGACACACCAUUCAUAGCCGGAGAAGCCCUGUGUUUCAGAUAGAAGCGUGGGGGCGACUGACCGAGUCCCAGCUCCGAUGCUCCAUGGCACUGAAUCCUGAACUCAGCUCCUCCUUGGCUCUAAUUCUUCAGGGACACCAGCUACCUCACAGUAAAGACCUGAUGCUGAAAGUUGUCCAGAAGAUCCCCAGGCUGCAGAUGUACUUGCCAUCUCACCUCAGUGUCCAAACACAGGUGAACCAGUCCCAGGCGGGUGUAUCGAGUUUACUGGAGGUGUCAUCGGGUCGUAAGCACUUGUGGGCCUUGGGAGAAGUGGUUACCACUAAGAGUGGAUACAGACAGGGUUUAGAGCUGAAGCACUCUUACCCUAAGUUAAAGCCACUGCCCAGGAUGGUAACUAUAAGGACUGUGUAUGAAAGGAGAGACUGGAGCUGCCAGGUUCAGCAUGAAGCAUUGUGGGGAAACCAGGAGGUCUCCCUGAGUGGACUCUACUCUGCUCCUCCAUUGCUGCACAUGGGGAAUCACACAAUAAAGGUACACAUCAGCACUGCUCCUCGUUGGAGUAACCUGGAUUUGAAUUUGGAGCGUUUUCCUCAAGGACGCACGGACAGCCUUUCACUGGAAUGGAUGAGACAUGGUCAACCUGAACAGCUCCAGAUGCUGAGUUUGUGGAGAAGGUCAGAGGAGUUGAAUGAGACCAAGCUGGAGCUAAAGCAACCUUUUAUGAUAAAACAUAGUCAUCUUUCUCUGUCCUCUGUGUCUCAGAGCUCUGAGAGACAGCACCGCAGCAGCCAGAAGACUCUCUUCAUGUGGAAUGGUGCUGUCAAUUUAUCUCUGGACCUUAACAGAGAGCAACAGUACAACUCCAGCAGGGGGCAGGCAUGUGUUGUGUUUUCCUCACAACAGGCGUCUCUAUCGCCUGUCAAAGGCUGCUUGUCUGCAGUUCAAGAGGAUAAUUCAUAUUCUCAGAAUGCAGAGUUCAGGUGGAGCAACAGGAGUGUUAAGCAAGGCUUGAAGUAUCAGAGGGGCCAGCGAGGAUUGCAUAGUGUUCAGGUGAACAUUUGGCUGGACAGGGUUUCUCCUCCUCCCUGUUUGUCUCACUCUCUCUUGUUCAAACUACAAACCAAUCUCAGAGACAGACUGGAUCACACCCUGUUACUGGGCAUCUGUCCAUCUCAACCUGGCUUGUCGUGGUCUGGUUCUCACAGAGUGUCUUCUGGAGAUGAGUUAUUCUACAGUCAGUCUCGUUUAUCACUGACACAGCGCCCUCAUCAGUGCAGUGUGACAGUCGCUCUCGCCAACUCCUCUUCAACACAAAAAACCAACAUAUCGUUGUUUUCUGAGUUUCGGUUUGGGAACUGGUCCAUUGACGUGGGGGGCUCUGUUCUCACUUGGAGCAGAGGGUCUGGCAUCAUGCUACAAGCCCAACUGGACAGAAGAGAGAAGCUGUGGCUUAAUAGCACUCUGUCAGGAAGAUGUCUUCAGACUACAGCGGGUUUCAUUCAUGGUCCAGGGCAAAGUGAAGACAUCCGUGUACAAGCAUGCACUGGGAAAGAUCACAGCAUAAAUGUAAACAUUGAGGCCAAAGAUAGCGAUAAUGAAGCUCAACCUCUCACUCGUGUUUCUGUUGGGACAGUCAACCAAAAAUUAUCUCUUAAAGCAUGCGCUUGUUUGGAGAGUCUAAUCUCAGUGGAGUCACAAGUUCAGUAUUGGGGUUCACAAAUCAGAGGCAAGCUACUGGAGAAAGUCAAAACAUUGCAGCAUCUUCUGAAUGAAUUCCGACAACAGUCCAGGGACAGUGAGUUUGUCCAGGGAGUCAGUACACUGCCCUCUGAUGCACUGCGAGGUCUGGAGCUGCUGCUGUCAGUGAAGCAGGCCGACCGAGGGCUGAUGGGUCAGUGGCAGAAGAGCUCAGCUCGUCGUUUCCUCACAGAAGACCUGCCACAGUUCCUCAGUCUGCUGCAGCACGCCUCUCUGCUCGGACAACAGGAGCUGCGCCGGCCGCUUGCCACACUGGCCGGCGUGUACCAGGAUGUGAAAGGGCAAAGGCUGGAGGCCCUGUGGCGGGAGGCAGUGUCGGUGUGGACGGAGACUGUGGGGGAGGUGGUCCCAGUAGACAGCCCUCAGCUUCUUCCCAUCGUUCAGCUUGGCAUCACUGGACUUCAUAUCAGUUUAGAAGUGGCAGGUCAGCAGUCGUACCAGUGGCUGGAGAACAGACUGGCAUUGGCUUUGUCUGGAGUCAGGAAACGACUCGCCUCAGUCUACAAAUUCAGCCCCAGGGAGUGCUCAGUGUCCAUGUCCAUGCCACUGCCGAAGCUGCACUGGCCCGGGACAAAUGAGGCUGAACUGGUGCAAGCUGUCCUGGAGGAGUGGCUCUUGAAACCCCUGCAAUCCUUGGCCUCUAUCAGACCUACUGCUGAGUUAUAUCGCCUCAAGAGGAAAAUAAUGGACAGCCCUUUCCUCUACCAAGCCCUUGUGGUGUCCGACCAGUUUGUGGUCACGUUUGAUAAUCAUAUUUUUGAGUUGCCACGUUCCUGUCCUCUACUCUUAGCGCGCGGUGUCAGUGUUGAUGCCCUGUUCACACUCAUGUUAAACCCAAACCCAAAAUCCUUUCUCCUGAUUGAAAUGAAUAACAAUAACAUCUCUAUUCAACUCAAUGGACAGGUGAAGGUGAACUGCAACACUCUUGGGACAAACACAUUCUUUGGUGACGGUGUAUCGGUCAAACGAACAGCAAAGGUCAUUGAGGUGUCCAAUCAGGAUGGUGUAUCUUUGUCGUGCGAUAUGUCGACCGCGGUGUGCAGUUUAACUUUGGAUGGGUGGCUGCAUGGCAUAAGCACGGGUCUCAUGGGAACCAAUGACAACGAAGCAGGAAAUGACUUUAUUUUCCCGAAUAGAGCUUAUACUAACAAUCACAAGAACUUUCUAUCUAGUUGGAAGCUCACGCCAGAAUGCGGUGAAACUACGGUUAAAAAUGAGACAUUUUUGAGGAGCGCGAUGAGCUGCACCUCUCUGUUCUCAUCCCUGGACUCACCGCUCAGCUCCUGUUUCAGGGUGGUGGAUCCCAGUAGGUUUUUGUCUGUGUGCAAGAGGAGUCCACACCGAGACGCACCGUGCCAUCUUGCAUCUUCCUUCUCGCACGUAUGUCAGCAGAACUACGUCCCGCUGGAGACGCCCGGCCAGUGCAGAAAAGUGUGA